AUGGUCUCUUUGAAGAAAAAGUUCCUAAAAUCCGACAAGGUAAAUAUCCAAUAUGAGGAUGCAUACAAUGAUGAGAAGGUAAAUAUCCAAGAUGAAGAUGCAUACAACGACGACAAGGUAGUGAGUGCCAGUUCAGAGAUUGAAAGUAUUCAACUAAAAGACGUCUUACCGGAUUAUGAUGGUAAAAGUUUUUGGCAGGUGCCACAUCUUAGAAGAUUGACAUUAGUUAUUUUCAUUAUAUCAAUUGCAUCAACAAAUAAUGGCUACGAUGGUAGUUUAUUCAAUGGUUUGUUUGCCGAAGAUAAAUUCAUGAAUGUUAUCGGUAAUGUCCGUGGAGUUGUUCAAGGUGCUUUGAGUAGCGGGUAUCCAUGUGGCGCAUUUAUAGCUUCAUUUUUCGUCUCGUACUUUUUAGACAAAAAAGGCAGAAAAUGGUGCAUUGUAGCAGGAAAUCUUACAAUGCUGUUUGGUAUUAUAUUGCAAACUUGCUCAGGAGCUUGGAUCGCACCACCAGAUGAAAUGCCCGGGUACACUAAGAGAGAUGUAUUUGGCAUGAUGUUAUGUGCCAGAGUUUUCUGUGGCAUUGGAGUUGUGUUCUUAGCAAUAGCCUCUCCCGCAUUGAUAUCAGAGUUGUCGUACCCAACAUACAGGACCUUUUGCACCUCAAUGUUUAACACCUACUGGUUUUUGGGUGCAAUUUUCUCAUCUUGGUGUGUUUAUUUGCUAAGAAAUACAAAGAGUCAUUGGAGUUGGAGAUUGCCUACCUUAUUGCAAGGCAUAUUCCCUAUAAUACAGCUGGCUCUAACUGCUUUUAUCCCAGAAUCACCUAGAUUUCUAGUGGGACAGGGUAAGAUUGAAGAAGCACGUGCGCUGCUUUUAUAUCACCACGCUGGCAACAAUGAAGAAGUAGGAGGCGCCCUUGUGGAUUAUGAAUUGACCGAAAUUCAACUUGCAAUUGAGCAAGAAAGAUAUUUUGCACAAUCCAGCUCGUACUUUGAUUUUGUCAGAACAAUUCCAAACAAAAAGAGAUUAUGGACUCUAAUCUGGAUGGCCAUUGUGAUGCAAUUAUCUGGUGUCGGUCUAGUGAGUUUCUACAUGGGUAAGGUCUUGGAUACGCUUGGUUACAGAAAAGAAGAUGAAAAAUUGCUUUACAAUGCAAUUAUAUCUUUCUAUAACUUUGGUACUGCAACUUUUCUAUCAUUGUGCGUUGUAAGUAGAUUUAGAAGAAGAUCCGUGCUGCUCACAGCAAUUGCGGGCAUGCUUUUGUCUUUCAUUGUUUGGACAGUCCUCGCUGGUGUCGGGAAUGCCACCGAUUUUAGAAACAAAUCAUUGGGGACUGCAGUUUUGGUCAUAAUCUAUGUUUUCUCUUUCUUCUCCAACAUGGGUACGUGUGGCUUCCCACAUUUGUAUGUUACUGAGAUACUGCCAUUUUCCUUGAGAGCCAAAGGAAUGAAUAUUUUCUGUAUUUCACAGACUAUUGUAACAUUGUUUAACGGUUUUGUCAAUCCAUUAGCAAUAGAAGCAAUUGGUUGGAAAUAUUACAUCUGUUAUGUGUGCAUUGGUAUCGUUAAUCUAACAGUUGUUUAUUUCACUUUUGUAGAAACAUCGGGCAGAACUUUGGAAGAAGUUGCUGAAGUUUUUGGCGACGGUCAAACCUCCAAAAUAACAAUGAAAGGGGGUGUAAUCAAUGUUAUUGGACAUGAAAAGAAACCAGAGUCGUUGUAUAAGUCAAAUGUAUAG